CAAGAUUAUUUUUUUUAAAUUAAAUACGCGCAGUAAAUUUCAAAAGAAUACUAUUGCUCCUCGCGCGCCUGCCAGUAUUGCGCGCUAGAAUGAUUGGUAUUUGGCACAAUCACGAAAACACCGUGGCGAUGAGUAAGGGAGUCCGUCGCGGCCGAUAGUAUAGCGCGUACCCUCGAAGCCUCCAGUACCCCCGCGCCCCGCAUCCAGUCGCCAUGGGUCGUGACAAGCGGUCGCCCCAUAAGACUGACUCGCAGAAAUCAACCAAUUUAGUUGGAAAAUUUACUCAAAGCGUACGCCGUAUAGUUCAGGACGUCAAAGAUGAGGGCACCUCAAGCGGGCAGACGAAAGAAGAGGUCAUAGAAACAAAUGAACGUCUACGCGCGGUCCGGAUACGUCUUGAUGAGAACUAUGACACAGCGAAAAAGGCUCUCAUAACGCUAAUGGCGCGGUACAACGAGUCCAAGGCGCAAAGAAACGUCUUCACGAGAUACGCACUGCUCAAGGCUAUGAUUAAGGAUGUUAUUCGUCUGGAAACUCAAUACUGGUCCCUUGUGGAGAUCCCAAAACAGGAAAAGGCGGAAACUGUUCCAGCAUUUGUUCUUCGAGCGUGCGCCAUCAUGGAGAAGACCCAAAAAUCUGGAGAAGGGGUCAAGACUUCUGCUAAAUUGGCCGAAGAAGCUGCCGAAAAACGGGAUCGCCUAGAAAGACUUAAUGACAUGACGACGUCGCAAAUAGAGACUGAAAAUACGCAAAUGACUAAUGAUUUGUAUCGACUGCUGAAGAAAUAUACGGGGUUGAGGAAUCUUAUUAGAGAACUGAAGACUACGUCAGCUCCAAGGUCUACCCGAUGGUACCACGUUACACAAUGCUGAAAGACAUGAUAAAGGACAUCAUGCACGAUCCCGACUAUAUGGAAGUCUGCCAUGAGGUGGACCCUUAGCGUGGCGUGCGCAAAUAGAUGAGGGCUUCUUUCACUGACCGAUCAAGGUCCAGACGCCGCCACUAGAUGACAAUCCAAGGAGGUUUACUACGAAAUGAGUUGCUUAUGACGUCAUUUUACCAGUUCCGGAAUCGUUCCAUUAAUCAUGUAAAACUUCCAUGUAUAAAUAUUAUAUGUGUGUAAUAUUUUGGUUUGCGAUUUCUAAAGCGAAAACUAAAUUAAAUUUUAAAAAACUUAACUGUAUUUAAAGAUAUUAUUUAGAAAA